AUGCCAGCUUCAGCCCGAGGCCUUCACGGGCUUUAUCCACACGAUGACGAAAGGUUCACUGUCUUUCGUGGCCGGCGGAGCGUCGUCCACAGCUCCAAAGCCAUCGUCAGCACGACCUCGCCUCUGGCCAGCCAAGCCGGGAUCCGCAUCUUGCAGGAGGGCGGGAACGCAGCAGACGCCGCCAUAGCUGCAGCUGCAGUGCUGAACCUCGUCGACCCUUCCAUGACUGGCAUUGGCGGUGACGCUUUCUGUCUCUUCUACGACGCCAAAGAGAAGCAGGUGUACGCUUUGAACGGCUCUGGCCGCUCUCCUGCCAACGCCACCCUGGACAAGAUUUGCAAUGCUCUUGGAGUUACAGAUCGCACAACUGCAUCCAUCCCGGCCUUGUCCAUACACUCGGUGACAGUGCCCGGCGCUGCGGCCGCGUGGGUCGACACCGUGGAGAAAUUCGGAUCUGGCGCCUUGUCCCUUUUGCAGGUCCUUGCCCCGGCGAUCGAGUUGGCAGAAAACGGGUUCGCAGUCAGCGAGAUCUCUAGCUAUAGUUGGAUAAAAUGUCAGGGUCAACUGCUUGAUUCGGCGAAUGGAACAGAGGUCUUGAAGACGGACCCGAGCGCGCCUAGAGGUUUUAGGUCACCGAGACCAGGAGAGUAUUACAAGAACCCGAAUCUGGCGAAAACAUUUCGAUUGUUGGGCGAGAAAGGCAGAGCGGGCUUCUAUGAAGGACCCGUGGCUCAGGCUAUUGUCGACGUCAGCCAACAACUUGGUGGCUUUCUCACUCUUGAGGAUCUCAAAAAGCACGGCGAAACCGGUAGUGAGAUCAGCACGCCAGUCAAGCUUCGCCUAGAAAGCCCGAUGCUCGGGUGUGAUGGGAAGAACCUUGAUCUUUGGGAGCACGGCCCCAACGGCCAGGGACUCGUAGCCCAAAUGGCUCUUGGUCUCUUUCAACAGUGGGAAAGGGAUGGCAAGAUCUCCAAGUUUACACCAGGAGACCACAAUUCUCCCAGAUAUCUUCAUGCCCUUAUCCAAGCUCUACGAAUAGCCUUCGCCGACUGCGCUUGGUUCAUCACAGACCCUAAUAACAUGGAUGUUGGUCCCGAGGCUCUUCUCAACCCGGACUACUUAGUCGAGCGAGCCAAACUCUUCGAUCCCGAGAAGGCGACACCGUCUCCAGAUCAUGGCUCGCCAACUCUGAAGAGAACCAGCGACACGAUCUAUCUAGCCGUGACGGAUCAAGACGGCAACGCCUGCUCACUUGUGAACAGUGUCGCCGACCUCUUUGGCUGCCGCAUCGGCGCCAAGGGAACCGGCUUCGUGCUUCAGAAUCGCGCCACUGCCUUUCAUCUGGAUCCGAAACGCCACAACGUUUACACACCUGGGGCGCGACCAUACAAUACCAUUAUCCCGGCCCUUGUAACUAACUCCGACGACGGCACACUACACACCGUUCUAGGCGUUAUGGGUGGUGCGAUGCAGCCGCAAGGCCACGUGCAGGUGCUGCUCAACAUGCUGCUCUUUGACAUGAACCCACAGGUCGCGCUCGAUGCGCCGAGGAUCUGUGUCGGUAUCAACAUACCGGGCAAAGCCACUGAUCCGAGCAAGAAGAUUGACGACGCUGUAUAUCUGGAAGAAGGUAUCACAGAAGACGUAGCCAGAGGGCUCGAGUCGAUAGGAUACGAGGUCAAGUAUGUCAAGGGUAUGGCAAGAUCGCUGUUCGGGCGCGGGCAGAUCAUCAGGGUGCAUCACGACCCGGUCGACGGACAGCGGGUGUACUCUGCUGGGAGCGACAUGAGAGGUGACGGGCUUGCUGCGCCUCUUCUCUGA